UUCAUGAAGGUGGAACGGAGGGAAAACUUCUAAUCAAAACCAUUUUUGCGGAUUAAAUCUCUUCAUUCCUCAAAUGUAGCUGGCUGGCGCUUCCAGCAGCCGUCCGAUGGACUUGCACACUCGCUGCGAUAUAAUGCCGCUGUCCUGACCGGCGAUCAUGGAGAAGCCCACAUGCGGUGGAUUAUACCUGUUCUACUUGAUCUCUCUCCUGCUACUCUCGGAGUAUCCCCUGUGCUGCCGAGGAAGUUGGAUGUGGCUGGGCAUAACGUCGGUGGGAUUACCGGAGAAAAUGAGCUGCACCAAUUUGCCCCUGUCCAACAAACAGAAAGAGAUAUGCAAGAAAAAGCCGUACCUCCUGCCCAGCAUAAAGGACGGCGCGCGUCUGGGCAUCGCCGAAUGCCAGAGCCAGUUCAAGCACGAGCGAUGGAACUGCUCCACUACCAAAGAUCUGUCGGUAUUCGGCUACGAGUCAAACAGUGGCACUAAGGAGACGGCGUUCAUCUACGCGGUGAUGGCGGCGGGCCUGGUGCAUCGCUGUGACGCCAAGCCAGGCAGCUGGCAACAUGACGGGAGUGCUCGCGGCGACCUGGCCUGCAGGGGGCUGGCUCUCUACCAGCGGGGCUGGCACUGGGGCGGCUGCUCCGACGACAUCCAGUACGGCACCUGGUUCAGCCGCCGCUUCCUGGACCUCGCGGCCAGAACGGCCGGAACGCCAGCGGCGGAGGCAGUCAUCGCCAUGAACCAGCACAACAGCGAGGCCGGACGACAGAGAGUGAGUGAGACCGCGUCCACAGACUGCCGUUGCCAUGGCGUGUCCGGUUCGUGUGCGGUCAAGACGUGCUGGCGCACCAUGGCCCCGUUUGAGCGCGUGGGCCGCUACCUGAAGGAACGCUACGAGACCAGCGUCCAGGUUCUAGAACGCACUUCCAACAGCUGGUCGGAAAAAUCUGCCCGCAAGAAUCCGGGCGGCGAGAAGAGCCGGCGUCGCGUGCCGGUCAGCCGGGAGGAGCUGGUCUUCCUCCACAAGUCGCCCAACUACUGCCUGGAGGGGACCCGCCAGCUGGGCGGGGAGGACGCUGAGGCAGCGGGUGUAACCGACGUCGGCGGCGACGGCUCGCGGCCUGCUCUUGCGGGGCGUGACGCAUAACGAUGAACGCGGCGCGAUGGAAGCAGCUGCGACUGCAAGUUUGUCUGGUGCUGCUACGUGCGCUGCCGCCGCUGUGAGAGCAUGAACGACAUGCACACCUGCAAAUAG